AAAGUAUAAAAGGCACUUAGGAUCGAGUGUUCCUCAGGAGAUUCCUGCACACCUUUUUCCAGCAGCAACGUCAUAUUUAGCCCCAAAAGGCAUCAUGAAGUCAACUGGUGCCGUCCUUUUUCUCGUAGUCAUCUGUGCUAUGACUGCGACAACCAACAAGGUGACUGAGAAAUAUGAAUCAAUUGAUGUCGUCAUCGACAAGGAAGCUCACCGCAUCGGUGCUGAAGCUAUUAAAGUGGGUGAAUUGCUGCGCGCAAUAGCGCUUGGUCUUCGCACGACACAGGAGCGGCAGGAACAAGACGAUAGUCAGAGUCAGCAGUACUUCUUUGGCAAGAUCUUCAAAGCCAUUGGAGAACUUGGAAAGGGUGCAGUAAGCAUAGUACAGGGGGCCAUUGACGGUAUUAAAAACACAGCUGAAGCGCUCACCUUCGGCGACGCCAAGGCCACCACUAAUGCUGCUAACAUACUUCGCAAGCUCGUUGUCAAAGACCUCAGCUUGUAUGCCGGCGAAGAAGGCAAGACGUACAAGCAGUUUCGCCAACACUUUACCGAAGAAUUGAGUCGCGUGGCCGAGUCAUUGUUCAAAAAGGGAGAAGCACUCUGCUCUUGCCAUGGCCAGAUGCACCUCGACAGAAACGAAGCUAAGUUUGUGCAGCUCAUCGUGGAAGCCUUUUGAAGGCAAACCUGCAACGUAUGCGAGGCUGCAUCAUUCACAGUUGCUUUUGCGUUGUGUAAAAAGCGGAGUUAAGUUGAAUAAACUUUGUUUUUGAGAUGGUCAUU